AUGUUAAUAAACGAACAAACUAAGAAAGUACAAUACAACACUCUGACAAACGAAGAACAAGAACUUUUAAGAAUGUCAUGUAUCAGAUUUAUAAAAAAUGAAAAUAAUUAUCUGAGUUUUUAUGAUCUUUAUAUUAAAGAUUGGUUUAAAGUUAUAACAUGUGGUUUUUGUGACUACAGUGAAUUAACCGACAGUUUGUUUAAUUUAAUGGAUUUUCUUAAAAACAAAACUGUAAUUACGGGCGCAUCAGAUAAUAAACUUGUAAUGGCACUUUACAAUAAUAUAAAUAUACCAUAUGAACAGUUUGACAUAAAUAAUCUUUACAGUACAUUUAUAGAAUAUUUACAUUUAUAUUUUAAACCAUUUUUAGAUGGUAUUCUUAUGACAUUGUUGAUAACGAUUUACAAAAAUGAAAAUAAUUUAUUGAGUAUUAAUCUUCAUAGUGAAGCUCGAAGUUUUACAAAAGAAGAUUUCUUAGAAAGAAUACCUUUUAUUCUUAGUAAAAAGCAUAGAAUUUUUUUUAUAAAGCUUAAAUUACUAAAUGCAAAAGGAUUAGGAAAAUUUAUGAUUAAGUUAGAAAAUCAGGAAACCGUGCUUGACGGAACAAUACAAGAAACAAUUUUACAAGAUAUUUUAAAUCAAAAUUAUGAAGAAUUUUCACAAAAUUUGUUCUAA